AUGGUUAAAGUGCCAAAACCGUGCCCACAAGGGUUCCAGCAGUUUGGGAGUUCCUGCUAUUACUUCAAGUCCGUUGGUGGAUCCGCGCUUUCAUGGGACCAGGCUAGAACCAAGUGCCGAUCAUUGUCAGCUGACCUAGUCUCCAUAGAAACAAAAGAGGAGCAUGAAUUCAUUAAGAAAAACCUGAAGCCAAUCACCACCCCAAACAUAUUCCAAGGUUGGUAUGUUGGAGGCAAGAGACGUACGGUAGACCCAGCCACCGGGAGACCUUGGACCGCCGCUCAGAACGCUAACAAGGCAGAGAUGAAGAAGCAGUACUACUGGGUGGCCACGGGCAAGACCAUGGCCUAUGACGGCUGGGAGAAGUCAAAGGCUGAUAUACCAAAUGUACAGCCAGUUGGCGACCCCUGUGUCCUUCUAUGGGUCGGGAGAUCGGAUUUCUUGGACUAUGAAUUUGACGACUAUGUCUGCGCUUCAAAUUAUCCAAAUAUUGGUUACGUCUGUGAGAAGACUAACUAGUCGCUUAAAGGGAUAAAAACUCUUCGU